AUGGUUCCCGAAGAAGCUCGCCUUCACAUUAUCAUUGUAGGCGCUGGCCUGAGUGGCAUAGCCGCUGCCAUCUCCGCCGCUCUGUCGGGUCAUUCUGUCCAAGUAGUCGAGCAAGCAAAGGAGCUUGCAGAGGUGGGCGCCGGUCUGCAGAUUACACCUAAUGCAUCCCUGCUGCUUAAGCACUGGAGACUUCCCCAGUCGCUGUGGGAUGCAGCUGCCGAGCCGACAAAGCUCACUGUGCAUAAGUAUUCAGGAGAAGUGCUUGCUCAUGAAGAAGACUUCAAUAAGAACAUCCGCGCAAAGUAUAACGCGCCCUUUGUUGACCUGCACCGCGUCGAUUUGCAGCAGGCGCUAUUUGCGCGCGCUCAAGAUCUUGGUUGUACAUUCCACAUGAGCCAAAAAGUCAAUCGGAUCGAUUUUGAUACUACCACUGUGCAUACCUUGGCUGGGGAGAAAUACACAGGUGAUUUGAUUAUUGCCGCUGAUGGUCUCUGGUCUCGGUGUCGUGAGGCUUUUGUUGGGAAGAAGGAUGAGCCUCUCCCCACGGGUGAUUUGGCGUACCGAAUUGUCUUGGACGCGGAUCAGAUCUCUGAUCCGGAUUUGCGGGCUCUGGUCGAGAAACCUGAGGUGCAUUUCUGGGCGGGUCCCGGUUCUCAUGCGGUUGCUUAUUCCCUUCGUGGUGGGAAGAUGUUUAACAUUGUCCUGCUUGUGCCGGAUAACCUUCCCCCUGGAGUUUCGAGACAGGCUGGUUCUGUUGAUGAGAUGCGGGAGUUGUUUGUUGGUUGGGAUCCGAUUUUGAACCGAUUCUUGGAGUAUGUCACCACAGUAGACAAGUGGAAACUCAUGCAUCACGGUGAAAUGGAACGAUGGGUCAACGAUACCUCCAACCUUGUCUUCAUCGGAGAUGCCUGCCACCCCAUGCUCCCAUACCUAGCCCAAGGCGCCAACUCCUCACUAGAGGACGGUGCAGUCCUCGGCCUCCUGCUAGGACAGAUGACAAACAAGACACAACUCCCUCGUAUCCUGCGGCUGUACGAAAGCAUGCGCAAAUCCAGAGGAGAAUCGAUCGUCAAGGAAACAUUCAAACAGAGACACGAUUUCCACAUGGAGAAUGGCCCAGAACAAGAGAAACGCGAUCAGGUCUUCCUAUCGCAGUUGGGUAAAGAGAUCAAGGGCGCGUUCCCGAGUCGAUGGACAUGUCCCGAAGUACAGCCAUGGUUGUACGGGUACGAUGCCAUCAAAGAGGUUGAAAUGGCCGUCGUGAAGAACCCGGAUGUGUUCGCAUCACAAUCCGCAUCACAAUCCUCGCGUCGUUCACUGUCUUGUUUGAUUUUGUAG